GGCUGGACCCGCCGCUGUUUGUUGUCUCUCCUGGGAUCAGCUGACCGGCGGAAGCGGGCGGGAGGAUCCAGCCUGCAGCCGCGGAGGAGGAGGAGGAGGACGCGCCGGGCUUGGCUGGCUGGACCCGCUCCGAGGACCGUCGAUUCCGCCGGGAAGGACGAGCGAGCCAGGAGAGCGCGCGUCAAAGCCUUGCCCUCGCCAUGAAGUUCCAGUACAAGGAGGACCAUCCUUUUGAGUACAGGAAAAAGGAAGGGGAGAAAAUCCGAAAGAAAUACCCGGAUCGGGUGCCUGUGAUUGUAGAGAAAGCACCGAAAGCCAGAGUACCUGAUCUGGACAAACGGAAGUACCUUGUCCCAUCCGAUCUGACAGUUGGCCAAUUCUACUUCUUGAUCCGAAAGCGAAUCCACUUGAGGCCAGAGGACGCCCUGUUCUUCUUUGUCAAUAACACGAUUCCUCCCACCAGUGCUACUAUGGGCCAACUGUAUGAGGACAAUCAUGAGGAAGAUUAUUUUCUCUAUGUGGCUUACAGUGAUGAAAGCGUAUAUGGCAAGUGACGCCAUGAUCUGCCAGCCUCAGAGAUGCAAUGAACUGAAAGGACUAUUGCGAGAGGGAUUUUGUGUCAGAUGGAACGAGGAAGAAGAGGAAGAAAGAACUGGACAAAACCCACCAGAUAUUUCAUGUCAUCAUGAUUUCAUGCCAUCAUUAUUAAUUGAUUAGGGUUAAUAAUUAUUACUGUUAUUUAAUUUAAUCUUUGGGGAGAAAGUGAGGUUUCUCGGAGCUACCUGUCUAAUGUUUUUUUCAGAUCGAGAUUCUUUGGCCAAGUUCCCUGACCUUCCAUUCUGUCAACUGGCAUUUUCAGGAGGAGGAAGAGAAAAUGAGAGCGAGCAAAAGGCAACCUUAGUCCCAUUACAUAUGCUUUCCCCUGUCAAGUCAGCCAAAGGGAGUUAAUAGCAAGACAUGUAGGCCCGACGGGCAUCCCCUACAUUUCCCUUGCUUUCUCUUUAUGUCUUCACUAUUCUAAAUCACAGAGUUGUGGUGAAACUGUAAGACAGUAGCCUCCUCUCUGGGCAUGAUGAACACAUUAUCCGCAUUCCUCUAUUUUUUUUUUCUGAAGCCAUUUCUGCCGUUCUCCUCCUGGCCUGGGUCUCCUUGACAGGUGUACCACACCUGUCCUUCUUCCUCCAGCUGUAGCGUUUUUGAUCCCGUUCAUAUUACAGCAGUAAUGAACGAUUACAGAUGCCACUCAGUAUCGGUGAAGUUGUUUAAAAUCUCUUCCCGGUUGGACCAGUCGCCUUCAAGAAACAGCAUGGCCCCAUUUUCACUGAUUGCAUGAGCAUUUUGUGCCGUUACGUGUCCUUGCCUAUAAGUAAAAGGCUAAUCACUUUUGGGUCACCAUCAUUUUACCUUGAAACCUCUGCUGCUCCCUUUGUUUUUCUCAAUGUAUCCAAGGUGAGGGGGACUUGGGGGGUAUCUUUUGCAUAGAAUCUUAGAACUGCCGAGCUGGAAGGGACUUUAUGGAUCAUUGAGCCCCUGUCAAGGAGGCACCAGGGGUGGGGUGGGGAUCAAAAUCCCAACCCUAAACCACUGAGCUAUUGAGCAGUAAGCAUCUACUGUAUCCUAUUAGAAAAAAAAUAUUCCUCUUACUGGGAGUUGCGCCCCCCCCAAUACACUCUUUUAUCCCUGCUUCUUGACAUACCCUUUCCAGCAAAAAAUCUGAAGACGUCUGGGUGCAUGUUUUUUUUCACCACAUUGCAAUGGCAAUGGACGUCCUUUGAAAUGUGAUGGAUGCUGGGAUUUCCCUUUUUCUCCCUUUAUGCUUCAUUAUUCUAAAUCAGGGGGGUCAUGAAAUUUAGAGCUGCUCAUUUUAAGGCUUACAUUGACACAAUUACAGUAACUGAUUUCCUUGUCCUGUGGCAGCUUUGAGGGUAUUUAGAAGAAAGGUGAAGACUAAGAAGGAUUGGAAGUGUAUAAUAUGAGCAAAAUGGAAAAAGAUCUGUGGCUGGAGGUCAAAUGUUUGCCUCAGGAAGCCUGAACUCUUGCAUGACAGUGAAUCUUUCAAAGGAUCUGUGGAGUUACAGGAAUUAGCCACAACUCAGCCUCUUCUCUGAAUUCUCUUGUUCGUCGGUUUGGAAGUGUCAUCUCUUUACUAAACCUGUGAGAUGGCAAGGAACAGGCCUUCAUCAGGUGAUAUCUGAAGAACUCAAAUGUAACAGAAUAUUGAGUAAAUUACAUUGAGGGGCUUUUGUAGAGCUGAAAAAAUCUUGGAUGAGAAUUGUGGAAUAUACACUGGUAACGAGUACAUGUUACAAUGGUAACAGGCAAUAAGGCCCUCACACUUUCCCAACAUCAGGGUCUUUUCCAGGGAAAUAAGGAAGGCUAGUAUGUUUAAUUUUGUUAAUUAUUUUGAUGCCUAAGCCCCUUUUUGGCAACGGAUUCUACCUGGGUCCUUUUAAGGAGAAAGGCAGGGUAAAAAUAUAUUUUAAAUGCAUAAAUAAAAUUCUGUUGGCCCAUUUCCCCCAUUUUAAAGCUGUCUUAAGAAACAUACUCCAGAGUCAGAGCCGUCCAUGCGAGUCAAAGCAUGUGGAGAGCUCUAGGGUGCAUGAUUGCUCACUUGCAUAUUCUCCUAGAGAUGCAGUAGAUUCUGAAGGAGACCUUGAGUUACCCUAACCCCUCUCACUGUUGACCUUUAAGCAAUGCCAUGUUUAAAAGUUUUAUUUAUAAUGGAAUUAAGACAUUUAUUUUACAUUUCACUCAACUGCAACUCGUAAAAGGUAGUGCUAGUUAUUCUUUCUGUGUCAUUAAUUCUAGCGAGCUUCAGGUUCCUACAAAAAUUCAUGUUACAUUGGCUCAGUUAAUAAACACUUGAAAAUCCAG